CAGAGAUAUAAAAGAGUGCAGUUGACCUGUCACCGGCGCAGUUUGUGAGUGCUUGCCGAGGAGUCCUCAGGAUGAUACUGACGGUGACAAUGGCUGUGCUGGUGGCUGGGGCCAUGGCCGACAAGGCGCCCCUCGAUGGCCCUCUCGUGGGCAUCGUUCACAGCGAGCAGCAUCACCCAGGCGCGAACGGCGCUCACAGCUUCGACUUCGAGGCUGAGAACGGCAUCAAGAUGCACGUGUCCGGUAAUCUGGGCGAGAAUGGCGGAGAAAACAGCAUCGGCCACUGGAGCUACCCCUUGGAGGACGGUAGUAUUGCUUUCCUCAAGUUCGUGGCUGACGAGAACGGCUACCAGCCCGAGUCCGACCUGCUGCCCGUGGCCCCGGAGUUCCCCCACCCCAUCCCCCAGUUCGUCCUCGACCAGAUCGCCUUCGCCGAGGCCGAGAGGGAACGUCUGGCCCGCGAGGGCAAAACACAGUGAUGAAGACAUUCCAGCGGCCUCGUGUCUUCUCAAAUCAUGACGUCUCCUUUUCAUCCCAAAUGACCUUAUUUAUAAAAACAAUAUUUUACUAUUUUUAGGUAAUUUAUUAAAGACAUACUAUCCCUCUGUAAAUGUAUGAACAAAAUAAUUUAAAUAAAAGCUUAUUACAAA